AUGCAACCUCUGACGGAUCUUUUGAUUUUUGUGGGCCCGAGCGGGGGAGGGAAGUCGACGCUGAUUGCGCACUUACUACGGAUUUGGCCACAACAUUUUGGCUUCUGCACGAGUCACACAACACGCAAGCCGCGGGGCGGCGAGGUCGAGGGAGACCACUACCACUUUGUGUCGAGGGAGGCCUUCAAACACAUGAUUCACCACGAGGAGUUUGUGGAGUACAACAGGGUCUUUAGUUUUUCCGGUCCAAAAUACCAGGCGAACGCCAGAAACGAGAGUGGUAGUGGAGGGGGCGGCGUCGUGCCUGCAGAGGAUGACGCAGAUUACUAUGGCACCUCCAAACGAGAGCUCCACCGCAUUCUUUCUGAAAAGAAAAUUGUGGUGCUGGACACCGACAUCACAGGAGCCAUCAAUAUUAAACGUUACUGCGACAGUUUUGCUCACGGCGGCAGCCGUCCUCAGGCGGCACCGCUGCGGGUUCAGGUCGUACUGGUGAAACUGCCCAGUAUGGAUAUACUUAAAGAGCGCCUGCGUCGGCGGGGCUCGGAAUCCGGUGCGUCGCUGCAGAGACGUCUCCGUGCGGGUGAGAAGUUGCUGGAGUGGUGCGCGGCGCAUCCGGAUUUUUUUAGCUGCGUGCUUAUGAACUCUUCCCUGGACACCUGCGAGGCGGAGCUGCGCGCAUUUGUGGGGAGGAGCGUGUUGCAAAACGCCUGCAGGCUCUAG